CCUCGCAGCCAGACUCCCCCUGCUCAGCGCUGUCAGAACCACCCCCAGAACCUCAGUUAAGCAAAGGGGUUGGUUUCCAUGGAGACAUGGCAUCUUUUCUCCAUGGCAACGUGAAAUCCCAAAACCCAGGUUAGGCUCAGGAAUGAGUCAUCUGUGACCAAUAGGGGGUGCUCUCUCACAAGGCUGACCCCCAGGGCUAUGGACAGAUGAGCAACUGACCAUAGACCCAAGGGUGAGGCUGGGGCCUGUGGGGAUCAAGUCCGACCCUGUUUAACCCCUUCCCGCCCACCAGUGUGACUUGAGAAGGCCCGCGAAGCCCUGUGUGGAGGUGGCACCCCCACAGCUGGGGCCCUCAGAGUGGAGCUAGCAGGGAGGGGUCCCUGCCCCUGAGGCUGGGCACAGAACAGAGGAGGCGGGCGCUGGCCAGGCGGGGUGGACACACAAGAGUUAACUGGCGGGUGUGACAGGCGGACCGCCCUCAGGAAGUGUUACUCACCGGGAAUGUGUGUGCCUGUGCCUUGGGGCUGGAUUCUCUUCCUGAGUCCCAGCAGAAGCCGAAGGAGCUCCCAGCCAUGGAAAUCCCUGGGGAGCCAGGAGCAGGCACUGGUGGGGCCCCCAGCCCAUCCCGCGUGGCUCCUGCGCACCUGGAGAGAGAAAAGCCAGCCCAGGACCCGCUGUACGACGUGCCCGAUGCCAGCAGGGGGCAGGCAGAUGGACCCCAGCGGCCGGGGCGCGCUGUGAGCCUGCGGGAGCGCCUGCUGCUCACCCGGCCCGUGUGGCUGCAGCUGCGGGCCAAUGCGGCGGCCGCACUGCACGUGCUGAGGACCGAGCCCCCGGGGACGUUCCUGGUAAGGAAAUCUAACACCCGCCAGUGCCAGGCCCUGUGCGUGCGUCUGCCCGAGGCCAGCGGCCCCUCCUUCGUCUCCAGCCACUACAUCCUGGAGAGCCCUGGCGGCAUCUCCUUGGAGGGCUCGGAGCUCGUGUUCCCGGACCUCGUCCAGCUCAUCUGCGCCUACUGCCACGCCCGGGACAUCCUUCUCCUCCCACUCCAGCUCCCCUGCGCCAUCCACCGGGCGGCCACCCACAAGGAGCUGGAGGCCAUCUCCCAUCUGGGCGUUGAGUUCUGGAGCUCCUCCCUCAACACCAAGGCUCAGCGGGGCCCAUCCGAAGGCCCCCUGCUGCCCCGGCUGAAGGCCCGGUCCCCUCAAGAGCUAGACCAGGGCACGGGAGCCGCCCUGUGCUUCUUCAACCCUCUGUUCCCAGGGGACCUGGGCCCCACCAAGCGGGAGAAAUUCAAGAGGAGCUUCAAAGUGCGCGUGUCCACAGAGACCUCCAGCCCCCUGUCUCCACCCGCUGUGCCGCCUCCCCCCGUCCCAGUGCUGCCAGGGGCAGCCCCCAGCCAGACAGAAAGGCCACCCUCUCGCCAGCUGCUGCGGAGGGAGAGCUCAGUGGGGUACCGAGUCCCAGGGAGUGGUGGCCCGGGCCUGCCACCCCUGCCCUCCCUCCAGGAGGUGGACUGUGGCUCCCCCAGCAGCUCCGAGGAGGAAGGGGCACCGGGGUCCUGGGGGAGCCCUGUGACCUCACCCCGCCUGAGCCGCCGGCGGCCUCUGCUUCGGUCCAUGAGUGCUGCCUUCUGCUCCCUGCUGGUGCCCGAGCGGCAGGUGGGCCGGGCAGCCGAGGCGCUGUUGCGGGACCGCCGCACGGCCGUGGGCCAGCUGGCACAGGACCUACUGACCCAGGUGCGGGCUGGGCCCGAGUCCUGGGAGCUGCAGGGCAUCCGCCAGGCGCUGAGCCGGGCCCGGGCCAUGCUGAGUGCAGAGCUGGGCCCUGAGAAGCUGCUGCCGCCGGAGAGGCUGGAGCACGUCCUGGAGAAGUCGCUGCACCGCUCUGUGCUCAAGCCCCUCCGGCCCAUCCUGGCAGCAGGCCUGCGGCGCCGGCUGUCCGCGGAUGGCUCCCUGGGCCGCCUGGCCAAGGGCCUCUGCCUGGCCCGGGCCCAGGGCCCCGGAGCCUUCGGAUCCCACCUGAGCCUGCCCUCCCCUGCAGAGACAGAGCAGGUGCGCCAGAAGCUGCUGCAGCUGCUCCGCACCUACUCCCCCAGCGCCCAGGUCAAGCGGCUCUUGCAGGCCUGCAAGCUGCUCUACACGGCCCUGAGGGCCCAGGAGGGGGAGGGCGCCGGGGCUGAUGAGUUCCUGCCACUGCUGAGCCUUGUCUUGGCCCAGUGUGACCUUCCCGAGCUGCUGCUGGAGGCCGAGUACAUGUCCGAGCUCCUGGAGCCUGCCCUGCUCACUGGAGAGGGCGGCUACUACCUGACCAGCCUCUCGGCCAGCCUGGCCCUGCUGAGCAGCCUGGCCCAGGCCCACGCCGUCCCCCUGAGCCCCUCGCAGGAGCUGCAGCGCUCCCUCAGCCUCUGGGAGCAGCGCCACCUGCCCGCCACCCACAGCUUCCAGCACCUCCUCCGAGUAGCCCACCAGGACCCCAGCACUGGCUGCACCUCCAAGACCCUGGCUGUUCCCCCAGGAGCCUCGAUCGCCACCCUGAACCAGCUCUGCGCCACCAAGUUCCGAGUGACCCAGCCCGACACUUUCGGCCUCUUCCUGUACAAGGAGCAGGGCUACCACCGCCUGCCCCCGGGAGCCCUGGCCCACAGGCUGCCCACCACCGGCUACCUCGUCUACCGCCAGGCAGAGUGGCCUGAGACCCAGGGGACUGCGCCAGAGGAGGGCAGUGGGCAGCCAGAGGCGGGGGGCAGGGAGGAGGACAAAGGGGGCCAGGGAGACGGGGAUGUUGGGGUCAAAGCCAGCCCCAGGGACAGGGUGGGAGCGUCUGAGACAACUGCUGAGGGCCGAGAGGACCAGGCCCAGGGAGGCCCUGCUCGGCCAGGACAGCCAGAGGCUGAGGGAAACUAGGCAGCCAAGGAGUAGCUAGCGGUGGCUGGAAGGGUCCUUUGGGGCAGGAGACUCUGAGCCUGCUGGGAAGGCCUUUCAGAGCCUUCAACCCAGCCAAGGUGUCCUUGGUCAGCCCCACGCCAGGCCCUCUCCUGUGUCUGCCUCCACCUCUGUCUGCUGCUCACCUCCAUGAGCCCACCUGCUGCGGGAGCUGCUGGAACAGCCACAUUGGAGGGGUUGGAAUCAUGUUGGGGUUGAGGGACCCCUGGAUCAUGUGACCAAGGCCCCUUGCCUCCUUCUUCUCCCCCAGCUGGAGGCUAGCCAGCCGCAGUGGUGGGUGUGCCCAACUGGGGACAGAUCCGACUAAUGACAGCCUCUGGUCGUCCCGGCUCCUUUUGCACCUUCCUCAUGGGCACGGCCCAGUCAGGGCUAUGUCCAAGCAGCCCCUGAUGGGUUUGGCGCUUCCAGGCCCUGACGGAGGAUCCAGGGAGGCAGCAGAAUGGCAGCAAAGGCUCAGGGCCAGCCCUGCCCUGGGCUCCCUGGAGGAGCCUCAGCUGCAGGCCUCAGCGCUCUCACCUGUCCUGCGGGGAUGCCACGGAUGCCCUGCCCUCUCCCAGAAGUGGUCUGGGAGUCAAAAUGGAUGAUUUUGCUACAAAGUAGAGCCCAGACCAGGGGAGGAGGGAAGGAGGUGGGGCAGUAGCUCCCUUCCAGGAGUUGGUUCCCUGUCACGCAGGGCUCUCACCUGGUGCUCUGCCAGUCGGUCCCGGGAAGGUUAUUCCCUGGAGAUCUGGUCCCCGGGAGAAGGCACCCAAGUUCCAGUCUCUCCCCAAGAUCCGAAGUCCUCCCAGGCACUCUGGCAUCCCUGGGGAGUUGGACAGGGGAGAUAACGCCCCCAGCAGGCACAUCAGCUUCCAAAAUGCAGAGUGAGGCUCAGAAACCAUUUUCUCUGCACUAAGUGGCCCUCACAAAAGCUCUGCGGGGAACAGGGCAUGGCUUGUUAGCGCCACUCAAGUUCAGGAAGGUCACUCCUGAGACAUCACACAGCAAGUCACUAGGGGUUACCCCACCCAACCAGGGUGUCAGCUUCCAACUACACCCUCUAUUCUCAGCCCAGACAAAUUAACCCUCAAGGCCAGGGCAGCCCCAAAGGGGCACCCAGAGCAGGCAGCAAAUCUGAGCAAAGAAAAUUGCCCCCCACCAACCACGAGGGGGCGCGCAUGGCCCAGGAAGCUGCUGGCAGGGUGCCCACUGAGGGAGGAGGACAGUUCAAAUGCCCUUGUUAUGGGGCAAAGGCCUUGCACUCCUACAGCCAUCAGGUAACCUGGGGACAGCACGGGGCCGAGGCUGCUGGUCAUCAGAUGUCCUGGAGCCGAGGGUUUGGGCGAGGCCAGCCUCUAGGGACCACACCCCAGGAAGGAAUCAUUCCUGAUGGAGGAGGACCCAGCCAGUUUCAGAUUCUGUCCCCUUGGGCAUUGAGUACAAAGGGACAGCAACCCCCAUGCCAUACGUGACAGUUGGGAGGCAGAAACUGUGGACAUUGGCUUUCAGGUGAUCCAGAUACAGCCCAGGUGCGGGGUAGGCAGCCGGCAGCUCUGCGCCCCCCGCUUCCACGCCCCUCCCCUCAAACUCUCGCUGUGGGAAGUCUCUGCCCUCCCGUCAUCCUCCCUCCCUCCCUGUGCCGCCCGCGCCAGUGCCUUGUACAGUACAGUGCUGAGCACCCCACAGGCGCUCAAUAAAUGUUGUCCACGGAUUGGAGUUCG